CUAUAUAAUCACAUUUUUUACACUGGUUGGAGUAUUCCAUUGUAUGUAUAACUGAGAAAACUAGUUCCUCAAAGACCUUCCUCAAAUCGAAUGGCAUCCCGAAGAAUUCUCAAGGAGCUUAGAGAGUUGCAGAGAGACCCUCCAACUUCAUGUAGUGCAGGUCCUGUGGCUCAAGACAUGUUUCAUUGGCAAGCAACAAUAAUAGGACCAAAUGAAAGCCCCUAUGCUGGUGGUGUUUUCCAAGUUACCAUCCAUUUCCCAUCUGAUUAUCCUUUCAAACCUCCCAAGGUAGCAUUCAGGACAAAGGUAUUUCAUCCAAACAUAAACAACAAUGGGAAUAUAUGUUUAGACAUCCUGAAAGAUCAGUGGAGUCCAGCUCUUACCAUUUCUAAGGUGCUGCUUUCAAUAUGUUCGUUGCUAACAGAUCCGAAUCCAGAUGACCCUCUUGUUCCGGAGAUUGCCCAUAUGUAUAAAACCGAUACUUCCAAAUACGACUCCAUGGCUCGUUCUUGGACCCAAAAAUACGCCAUGUGCUGACCAACGAACAAAUAUAUAAUUAUCAUAUAGCUAUAACAACAAGCAUGUUUAUAAUAAGAGCGAGCAACCACUUUGUUAUGCAUUUUUUUUGAUGAGAUAUGAUUGUUCUAUCUUUUUUAUGCCAAUUGUAUUACUAUCAACCAAUUGUAUCCUCUCUUUUCGAGGACUCAAUGCAUUUCUACUCUUCAUUCA